AUGCAUGAAGAUAUUUGGUGGCUCAGCUCAUUUAAGUAUUCUGAGUUUCAGUACAUCUUGGCUACACAAUAUCAAACAAAACUUGAAGCCGAAGUUACGAGAACCCAGUCGCCGUUCAAAAGUAAUACUCAAACACAUGAGAAAAUUGCGGAGUACUAUCUCAGAAAGGCUUCAACCGAAUCAGAGGAAAGCGCACCUAAGGAGGUUAUUGAACCAGCUAAUGGCAUGUCGAGACUUUUGCAGCAAGGAAACUUCUCAACGUCUCUUUCAAAGCCUUUCGUAAACACUCCGUUGAUUCGUGCAAAAUCAUUGCCAGCAUCGUCGGGUACAAGCAAUGAGAGCUUUGCCUUCCUUGGCACUCCGACACUGCCGGCCAUCAUUCCUGAGCCAUUGAAGGAAUUCCCUCACUUGACCGACUAUAACGGAUCACGACCCUCGUUUGGAGUUGGCACAACAACAUCGACACCUUAUACCAAGAAAUUUACCGUUACAGCGCAGAUUCAGAAGCGUGAGGAACAUAGACCUAAUAAUAGCGCUCAUUUGACUCCGGAGAGGAAAUUGAGCGAACAUGACACAACUACUGGACUGACCAAUUCCCUGGAGGAUUGUUAUGCGGUAGAUAUAAGACUCGCGGAAAAAUAUGACGAAGCAAAAAAGCGCAUAGAGAAAAGUAAGGAGCAGAAAGCCUUACGGAUUUUGACAAAACGAACUGUAGUUGAGAAAGUGACUGUUGAGUCGAAAAAGACAGCUUCUACACAAGAAAUUUAUGCGGUUUCUGGAUUUUUGUGCAAACUUCUCACUGGACAGCCGGUGGCAGGGUACGGCAACAAAGUCAUUCAACUUACUGAUAGUGACCUAGUUUGGUAUGGAAUGAUCGUGACGAUAGAAUCUUACACGGGUGUUGUUGAACGUGAUCCAUCACUAGCUGUUAUAAUAAGUCGAAUCCUUGUAAUGAUCUCUUGUACGGUGCCAAAUUUUGAGUCAGUACUACUAGGGAAGCUUUUAAGUGCCUCUCAUCUGUUAACACUAAACGAAGAGAAGUGACAGUUCCAUCCCAUGGAUUUAGGAUCAAAACUCAGUGAAGUCAAACGUUUCACUUCGGAGGCGCUAUGGAGGAUGGUAUAUUUUUUGACCGAUGAAAAGCCGAGAGUCCUCGCAACAGCUAUGAUGCUUUCAGAAAUCGUUGGGAGUGGAGUUGGUUAUAUGAGAGAGACGUGUCCUCAUAGAUGGUCUCAGUUUCUGAGCAAGAUCGGUGGUUCUUUGCUACCAAAUCUCGAGAAGGAAGUUAAUAAAGACGACCUCCGAAGAAGUAUUGGAGAAGACACUAUAGUGUCAGGUCUGCGACAUGCUGUGCUACGUCAUUUAAGUAGUUAA